AUGUCGCGACGAAGCCCUGCAGCGGGCGGUAACAGCCCAGAGAGCUCUGAAACCCCCAAGGAUGCCGGUAUGAACUUCAACCUAAGAGCCGGCUGUCAGGACAAACAGAAGAUCCUUCUCUCCGCAGAUACAGGUCACUUCAGCUUGAUAAGGGCAUUGCACCUCGCUGAUUUUAUUACGGAACUAAAUGUCAUGUCAAUAUUUUCGUCGUUGAGAUUCUGCCUCGGGGAAUCACACCAACAUGGAAACAUCUGGAUGGCACUUGGCUUCAUCCCAUUUGGCCUCUUCUUUGAUUUCAUGGAUGGAAAGGUAGCUAGAUGGCGAAAAAAGUCGUCAUUGAUGGGGCAGGAGCUCGACUCUCUCGCGGAUCUGGUCUCGUUUGGCGUCUCUCCAGCUGUGGCAGCAUUUUCGAUCGGAAUCAGAUCGCCGGUUGACCACGUCCUACUUACUAUCUUUGUUCUUUGCGGUCUUACUAGACUUGCUCGGUUUAAUGUCACUGUUGCAACGCUUCCAAAAGAUAAGACAGGGAAGUCGAAAUACUUUGAAGGUACUCCCAUCCCGACAACAUUGGUCAUUGUGGGGAUAAUGGCGUACUGGCUAUCUCAAGGUUGGAUCUUGGAAGAUCUCCCGCUUGGAGUGAUGUUGCCAGGCACCUUAUUUGAAUUCCACCCUGUUGUUGGCAUGUUUCUUGUUAGCGGUUGCCUUAUGGUAAGCAGAUCUAUACAUAUCCCAAAGAUAUGA